AUGAUAGACAACGAAGAAGCAGCCACAACUUCAUCAGAUAUUUUAGAUGUAAAUACUGAUGAACCAGACAUUACAACUGCAGGAAGUCCUGCCAUAUCCAUGCUGCCCAUGGAACAAGAAACAAUGGUAAGGCUGGCAUUUAUAUCAGAUUUCAGUAACCCUAGCACUGUGACAGGAAAUUAAUUACAGAAGCGUAUAAAAUAAAUAAAGGCCCUAUUAGACUUACUGUAUGAGUUUGUAUGAAUUGUUGUUAAGCUACAGUUUAUCAUUUUAAUAGAUUUUUCAGCCAGCUUAUGAAUUGGAGCAUAACAAGAAAUGUGACAACUGUGAACUCCUGAAGAAGGAAAACAAAAAUUAAGCGCACUUGGAGGUGUAACAGGUAAGCAGACUAAUCACUGCUGUGUGCAAUAUAUUCCCUUUUUCGUGGUAAUUGAAAGAUUCUAUAAAGGCCCAUCUACAUGAUACGACUAGCUGGCUGUAUGGGAUUCUUAUCCUGGCAUAUGUAUUUGAAUAAAAUGCAUGUAAAAUGUCACAUUUCAAAUUUCGCUGUAAGCUGAUGAAUAGGAAUAGUUGUGUCAGUAGUCGUUUGCAUACACCAUAAUGACAAUUGUAUAUGGACCAGUCAUAUUGUGUAAAUGGGUCUUAAAACAUUUUAAUGCUACUACAGAAAGUCUAGAGUGUUUGAUUUGAAUGAAGUAUUUAAAUAAAUUUACAACAGGUGAACGUAGCCAUGCCCAGGUACUUGUAGCAUGCCAAACAAUUGUUUACUUAAUAUUUCAGGGUUCCCAUGAAGGAGUACAAUCUCAGAACAGAACCAAAGUUCAUUGUAUUUUUCACACAGCUGUGGACUCUUUUUACCUCGGGUCGGUACGACACCGAGGUCAUAAAUUCGGCUCCUUUUUUUUUCUCAUUUGUGUCGAGCUGCGCGCAUAGUCGAAGAGCCUGCGGAGGAGACGACAACUUCCGGUAAAUAAGUGUUCUUCUGGAAAAUUUCAAGCAUCGGCCAAGGUGAAACGCAACCCGAAGCUAUCCUUGCCAAAAUCCGAUGUGAUAAUUUGAUAAACCAGAAGAUGUGAUAAUUUUGACAUACAUGUUUAGCUGGAUAACUAUUCUCGAGUAUAUGUUGAUAUAAUGCACAAUACUUUGUAUGCAUAGCAUGGGAAUACCGCGGCCAACUUUCACUUAUAAUUACUGACCCGAAUCAAAAGUAAUUAUUUUCGGCUGGAAGACUACUGUACGUUGCUGCUUGUCGGGACCGUAUGACAAUGAACCUAUCCAACGUUACACUAGACAUUUGUGAGGACAUGCAUAUAGACAUAACCAUAGGCACUGUAGUGCAUUCUGAUAGAACAGAUUUCAGUUUAAUUAAUUGCCCUAAAUUAAAAUCUCCACAAGCGGAGGUCAAUUAUAGUGUUCUAGUUUACAUAUUAUCAUUAAUGAUAAGGUUUACUCAAAUAGCAUAUUGGAUAAACACGGGAAUAGAACUUAUGGUGUAUUCUGCACAUGCGUAUAUCUAGGAUAAAAUCCCACAAGCGCAAACGAAACUAUUUCUCUAUAAAAUUGAACUGAAAAGGCUCACAGCGACUGUUUCCAACAGUGCUUCAGGCACCCGACGACACCGUAUGGGGGGCUUUAGUACUGUCACCUUCUCAUCUUGGGAUGUUCACGUUAUCGUGUGUACAUGUCAGGGUGACGAAGAUGCAUUAUUGCUAAUAAUGUCUGUGUGCACUGAUGCACGCUGCAUUAUUUUUAAUAAUGUUGUGUGCUAUUUUAACACGUACAUAGAAUAUGAUGCGUAUAAACAUUUACCCCUGAGCCGGAAUUUCCCUAUACAACCAAAAAGGCCGCUCCCGUUUUUCAGUAGAACGUUAAAUGAAAACUUCUCGACAUUCACUGAUAUAAUGCAGAGAGAAAACAAUAGGUUUGAUGAGGGCCAGUAAUUAUUAUCAAUAAAAUAUUAAAACGGAGCUUUGAUUAACUGAUUCACCAUUUAUACUAGUGAACUAUUAAACUAUCGUGAUUUACACAAUUUUUGGAUAUUUACCAGACGAUCCCCUAUCCACCGACCCGAGGUUAACGCCGAGUCGGCGUCUUGUUCAAAUCUGCUGUGAAUGCAAAUGUGCAAACACACUGGUUGAAGUAAAUGCACAUGGUACAAUGGCUCAGGUUAUUACAAUAUGUGUCAACCCUGGAUGUGGGAAACGAACAACAUGGUUUAGUCAACCUAAUUUGCUGGGACAAAAAUUGCAGCCGGUAACUUGUUGCUCAGUUUUGGAAUCCUUGUGGCAGGUACCUCAGCAACCAAGGUUUUCAGAGUGCCUCGGCACAUGGGAAUGACAUGUGUCUCACUAACAACUUUCUUCAAAUAUCAACGAGUAAGUGUGCCUAUGGGAUGAAUGUUAUAUUGGUUAUGGUUGCCAAAUUUGUUCUUGGUUAUGGUUGCCAAAUUUGUUCUCUCUAGCCCAAAAAGUUCUUGGCUAUGGAGUCUCAUGUCUGUGAUUGAGAUAUUGUUUAGAGCCCUUAUGAAACAAUGCAGUUAUAUCAAAGAUAUGUUUAUGAUGAUGUCAUCAGUAACAGGAAUUAUUUAAAGGCUGUAAAACCCAUGUCUCAGUCAUGGAAACAAGGUUGUAUAUAGCCAUAACUAAGUACUUUCCGGAAGGGUGUAUUAGGUGCAAAGGGGUAACUUGUAGCAUGUUACAAGUUAGUUAUAAAUAUGAAUGUUAUUCCAUUAAAUGUUUAUAGGAAAAAUUGUUCCCAUCAAUUUAUCUUCACUGGAAAAAGUACCAGGGUGGAUUAGUGGAGGAAUUGAAAAGACAUGGGGAAUUGACAUGGGGAAUUGGUGAUUGCUGGGGAUGGACGACAUGACAGUAUGGGUCACAGUGCCAAGUACUGUGCUUAUACUGUAUUUUGUUGCACUGUACCAUUCAUAAUUCAUUUUGUCUUAGUACAGGUAUUUCGUCAACAACGUCCUUUACAUCUACAAGAAGUAAUACUAUUUCAUUUUAAGAGUUUAGGUUUUGGUGUAAACCUGCUAUAAGUAUUUUGAAAUACUAACCAUGCCAUGCUAAUGGCAUAUAUGUAUAUUUACUCCACUAGAAAAAUGAAGUUGGCAGCAGUAUGGAAUAUGCUGGUUUUUGCAAAAGUAUGGAGUAUCUGCUUGGUUUGGGUUUGGUGGUAAAGACAUUUGUUUCUGACAGGCAUUCAGCAAUAGCAAAACAUAUGAGGGAAAAGUUGUCAAAACAUCAUUCAUUACUUUGAUAUUUGGCAUCUCAAGAAAAGUAUGUUCACUUGGUCAUAAACUCUGUCUUUAUAAGUUAUAGUAUGUCGAGAAUAACUUCCCAGAGUAAAAUCCUAAUCAGGAUUCUAGGUGAUGUUUGUAGAAUCUUGUAUAAUUAAACCCAUGGUUAGAAAAAAACCUAAAGUUUUUUUGUUUAUUCAUUUUUAAUGUAGAAGUUACAAAGGUGUUAACAAAAAUUGCGAAAGUGAGUGGAUGCGAAGCAAUAAGUGAAUGGAUAAAGCUGUGUACAAACCACUUAUACUGGAGUGCGAAAACAACACAUGAUGGAAAUGGCGAAGUUAUUUUGGGCAAAAUUCUCAUCUUUUUUUAAGUCAUGUGGUUGACAAACAUGAAAAUUUGGACAAUCCAGUGUUCAACAAAUGUGGGCAUAAAGAUAUAAUUCAGCCACGCAAUUGGUUAGACAAAGGUACUGUACACAUCAGUUAGGGCUGGUACUAAAGUAUAUUGCUUUCAACAGACUAUGCAAACUUCUCCAAUAGAGAAACAAGAAUGUAACAGAUGUAGUAUGAGAAUUAAUAUCAGUGAAAUUGUCCUGGUACAAUUUGUGACAAUCAAUACAAUAUACUAUUUGGGAUAAUAAUAGUUUUCAAUUUUUUUACAGAUUCCAUUGCAUGUGAGAAAACAUGCUCAACCCUCACAAAUAAAAGGUUGAAGAAAGGAAUCAUGAAAGCUUCCCCUGUUGAACAAACUAGUUGCCUAGAAGGAUUCUAUUUUGUGCUGAAUCAAUUCUCCCCCAAGAUGAUUGGUUACUCUUACAGAGGAAUGUUUUGCAGGUAUGUCUUGUACAGAUAUACACAUACCGUAAACUCUUUAAGCCCCCCCCCCCCCACAGGCACUUUUGAGGGGGGCUUAUUGGAGAGGGAGGUGGCUUAAAAGAGAGAGGGAGAGUUUAUUUAUUUAUCUGUAAAUAAAUAAUUUUGUUUAAAAACUAAUUGGUGUAAAGAAAAUAAACAAAUCUAAUCAAAAGAUGUGCAUUGUUGGGUGAACAUGAGGGGGGGGAGCUUAUUUUUGAGAGGCGGAUUAAUGGAGCUUACGGUAUGUAGAUUUCGUAUCUUAUUCUUAUUGCUUCCAAUUUGGCAUAUCAUUGCUACAUGUCAUAUAUGGGUACAAAUCUCCAAUUCACUAAUAUGCUUUUGGAACUGUUGACAGAAUGUGGUGUUAUUUUUUACAGACAUGUGAUUGCCAUUAUCCAUUUUAACAAAAAUCUUUCCCGGGAAAAAAGAACAAAGGAUGGUAUUGAGCAGUAUAAUGUCAUUUAUCCAAAGUUCAUGAAUGGAGAAGCAGUGGUCCGAAAAGGUUUCAGUGAAGCAAAACUUUGGUAAGUUAUAUAUUACAAUUUAGUGCCAAUGUGCCUUCCCCACCCCCUUACACAGUCUGAAUCCAACUACAAUAAUCGAGCAUGGCGACUAAUUUCUAUUUUUUGAAUUGAUAAUAGAUUAUGUAGAUUAUAUAUAUCAGACCAUGGUAGAGGCAAUUGGAAUAAAAAAGCUUGAGGAUGAAUUGAUUGAAAAAACACCAGCUCCCAUGAAUACAAUGCUUACCAAACAGUCACAGGAAGAAGCAAUUGAAAAGAGGAAGAGAUACCAUGCAACUUGUGGACAUUCCUCCAACAAACCCAGGUGUGUGAAACAGUUCAUAUAAAGUAAUAUGCUUGUGAAACAUUUAUACUUGAAACCAGUAAUACAAUGAUGGGUUAAUUUUGACAAAUCUAAAUAUUUUUUAUUAUCAUUUUAGUUCCUACCAUUACAACUAGCAACAGUGUACCUUCAAAGCCAAGAAAUGUGCCAAAGUGCAGAAUGUGCAAGCAGCCAAUGAAAGGCUAUAAGAAUGUAUCUAACUGUCCACGAAACAAAAAAGAUUAA